CAUGCCGUCGCAACUUUGAACGGUUGCUAAAUGAACCAUUGCAAGUCAGUAACACCUGUAAUAGGCUGUCGGUUGCAAACCCCCCUGCAGUUAGGGAUGCUGACCAGCAGAUGGCGUUCUUCUGCUUUUGCUAAGGGAGGAAGGACCACCCACACACCCAGCCAGCCGCCCGGAGCGGUGGCCUCUAUUUAUAUCUGCCUGGCCAGCAACGCUGCUUGUUUCCUAAUUGGGUAACGCCAGGGUCUCUCUUAGAGGCAGACCCAGCAGGACCAGAAAUAGAGCCCCUCCAGCCUGCCAAUGGCUGGGCUGGGUUUAAGAGAGGUACCCUAACCUGCUUUAAAGAUUGGCACAGCACAUUCCCAGGCACAGCAGCCGACGGAUUCCAAUCCAGCCACCCCGACUUCUUGCCUUGAGAGGCUUAAGCUAGGGUGACUUUGACAAAGUUCCUCCUUGGGGAAGGGGGAUAGAAGGCUUGGCCACGGGCCUUCGAGCAGCUGCUCUGGGACAGGGCUAAAAUUACACCCCCUUCCUCACCUGCCACUGCCUAAGGGCAGAGAGAGAGAGAGGGAGAGAGUGGCUGCUCCGGCCACCAGCCUGGAAGGUGCCCUGCGGCCGUAGGAGCAGAAGGCGUUGGGCUCGACCUGACUGGGAUAUGAUCGGCCACCUGGCUGCUCCUCGAGGAUGAUGUGGGGCUUUCUGACCCAGCUGCUCAUCAGUUUAGUCCUUCUGGGCUUCUUCCUGGUCAGCUGCCAGAACCUCCUGCACAUCGCCCAGGGCUCCGUCCAGUUCGUGCUGAAGCAGAUCCACCAGGAACUGGACAAGGAGCUCGGGGAGAGCGAAGGGCUGAGUGACGAUGAGGAAGUCGUUUCCAGCCGGGUGGUGCGCAGACGUGUCUUCGUCCAGGGUAACGAAAUAUUGGAUAUCCCUGGAGAACAAGUGACCGAAGAGCAAUUCACUGAUGAACAAGGCAACAUUAUCACCAAGAAGAUUAUCCGGAAAGUGGUCCGGCGACUGGACACCGAAGACGGACGGGCGCACGAAGAGGGCCUCACCUCAACACCCAUCCACUAAACCUCCACUCUCCUCGUUCCUCUCCAUGCGGCCAGGCGAGUGGAGCAACGAGCUUCCAGAGGCAGGGCUGUCUGUCUGCGAUUCUUUAGGUUAAUGGCAUGAUUUCCGUAAGAGACAUAACUUUACCGUCUUAAAUCCGCAUGACCGACCGAUCUGCCGACGCAUGAGCUAAAGUUCUUUCUCCUGACUUUGAGAGGAGAGGGUCUGGGACAAUUCCCCAGGAGAAGGGGGAAAAAAAAAACCGGAUGCAAUUGUGUUUGUGUGUUUUGUGUGCGCGUGGCGGGGGAGGGGCUUCUUUCCAAAGCCCCCUUCUUUUGACGUGGUGCCUUGGCCUCCUGGGGAAGAAGGAGUAAGCUGGACGGAGAUCAUUCGCCAUCCCAUCCUCCCCGGCUCAGCCUCCGGAUUGCCUCUGUGCUCAGCUCUGCUCCAUCCAUCCGUCCACCUGGAACCCCAGAAGGCUUCUAGCUGAGCCCUUCUGGCUACUCUGCCCAGUUGUUCUUCCCAGGUUGGGAUGGAAAGCGUGACGUGGAUAAAUGCCGAGAUCUCCUGUGUAGAAUAUGGACAGAUACUUACUAUGCAAACACCGACCGAGGCAUUCGGCAGAAACCAGACCGGCUCCAGUCCUUGGAAGCGUCCGCAGGCAGCCAGCCCCGUUGAGAAGGAAAACAAGAGAUGGGGAGAAC